GUUUAAAAACUCCGAAUGACCGCCUAAUCCGAUGGAAAUUGAGAUUGGAAGAGUUUGACUAUGAUAUCAAAUAUCGACCCGGCAAACAAAACGUUGUUGCCGACGGUUUGUCAAGAAUUUUACCCGAAAUUAACAAUAAUGAACAGGAAUCAUCUUCUGAUACUGAAGCCGCCCAUUCGGCAGACUCGGAUGCCGAGGAACUUAUACAAAUGACAGAGCACCCACUAAAUUUUUUCAAGAACCAAAUAAUAAUUAAAAUAGGAGACGAAAAUUCUGAAGAGUUUGAUGAGAUCUUUCCAGGUGUCACACGUCGUACAAUAACCAGGUUCGCAUUUGGAGUACCACUGGCGAUAAGGAUACUGAGAGAUUACAUGCACCCCAGUAAGAUCAACUGUAUACUCUGUCCCGAGAGAUGGAUUAAUACUUUACAGAUCACAUACAAAAAUCAUUUUUCCCGCAACAAAUCUUUUAAAAUUAAACUAACGCAAACUCUUCUGCAGGACGUCAGAACACUUGAGGAACAGAACGCCCUGAUCGAAGAGGUCCAUGGAAGAGCUCACCGAGGCGCAGAGGAAAAUCAUGCUGAAGUCAUCAGGAGACACUAUUUCCCCCAAAUGCAUCCUUUUCCUGAUAUUCACUACGAUCCCUAUUCCGACAACAGCAUCCUUUCUUUCGAUGAGAAAUCUCAACGAAGACCCCUUGUUACUACUAAACGUAGGAAAUUGUAAAAUCCAAACAGGAACCUUAAAAAUCAUACAUCCCAUAAAUCUGACCCACAUUCAGGAGUCUAUAGACUACCUAACCACUUCCUUUUAUGAUAAAGUAGAUAUUAGAAAUCCAUUAGGAGAUGUAGUUAAACUAAAAGUGAAGAAACUUUAUAACAAUUUCCUCCAAAUAAAACCACUCCAACAUCACCGACUUAGAAGAUGGGAUACGCUGGGUGCAACAUGGAAAUGGAUCGCAGGGUCGCCGGACGCGCAGGACCUCCGCAUUAUAAACUCCACGCUCAAUGAGUUAAUCACACAGAACAACCAACAGUUUGAAGUAAACAAUCAUAUCAACGAAAGGAUUUCAAACCUGACGGGGACCAUCAACAGAAUCAUCGAGAACAUGAAAACGAAUGAAUUAUUAACCAACGAGAUCACAUCAAUAAUCACGAUAAUUAAUAUCGAUAUCAUCAAUAAACUAUUAGAAGCCAUUCAAGAGGCCAUCAUCCUAUCUAAGACGUCAAUAUCAACAAAUAAAAUACUUUCGAUUCAAGAAAUCUCUUUUAUAAAGUCAUUAUUACAAAAUCAAGGCGUGACAAUAGACCUCCCAGACGACGCCUUUCAACAUGUAAUUCCCAAAUUUGCAGUAAGCCAAGGGACCCUUCUGUACAUCCUUCAUGUUCCCCGACUGGACAACAAGACAUCCUCCGUUAUUCAGCUGCACCCCUUAGUACACAGGAACCAAAUCAUCAACAACUAUCCGGAGCAUGUCGUCAAAAUCGGAAACACCCUUUACGCUACUAGCAAUCCGCAGCAGUUCGUUCAGAAAGCAGCAUAUUUGAAAGCAAUAAACGACGCUUGCAUUUACCCACUGAUUUUUGGUAAGAAAUCCGAGUGCAACUCUACGUUUUAUGACAGAACAACUCAAGAGUUAAUCACCGAAGGUACGCUCUUGAUUCAAAACGCAAAAGACAACCUCCUACGAAGCAACUGCGGACCAGAUGAUCGCACUUUAGUUGGAAAUUUCUUAAUAACAUUUUCAAAUUGUACUAUCAACUUGAACAACCAAUCAUUCCAGAACAACGAAGUAGUACACGAAAUGGACGUCAUCCACGGGGCACUCCAUAACGUCAGAACGACCUGGAACAAACAUCACUAUUUCGACAUAUCAACAAUUGAAUAGAGCAAACGGAUCGGGACGAUCCUCACUUAGGGAGAGACCAGUUACCGAAGCAACCGACUUCAACCCUAAAUCCCAGGAACAACACAUAUCGCAAAGGCUCGAGCAAAUACAACAACAACAACAACAGAUAGCGACAUCAUUGGCAUCGUUAGAAUCAGGCAACAAGUCAACAGACACACAAUUCUGCACUCCGUAACCCGACGCCAGAACCAGCACCGGCACCAAGAAUGCAGACUCGACAUACACGAGCGACGGCGAGCCGAACAUAACACCUAGGAAUCCCAGAA